CACCACUUGGUGCUGUGUAACCCGAAUCAGGCUGCUGGGCGGCGUUCGUCACAGGAUGCAGAUUUUGCACGCCAUUUGCCUCACGGACGGCGCUCCAUCCAACACAUCAGGUUUCAUGCGCCAUUUACCAUCGCAUUCAUUCCACGUCGCGUACCAGGAAUGAUAUCUGCGGCCGUGACAUAACACUAAGCGUCCUCGAUCCAAAUGAGACGGGGUGCGUUAUCCAGACCACGCCAGAGAUGGAUCGCUGGCGCCCGGAUCCGCCAGGCACUAUCAAUCCAGCAAAGCUGCUGCCGGGAGCCGCAGUAGGCCCUGAUGCCUUUGAAAGCGUUGACAUCUUAGAGCGCCGUGCGUCUCUUCCUUCUCUAGCACAGGCGAGUUCCGAAGAUGCCGAUCAAAGCAUUCCACUCCCCACUGCGCAUACUCCGCCGAGGCCUCGCAGGCAUAUUCCUCUUUCCCGUAUAUCUUCAGAUUGGGACGACAAGCGUGAAAUGGCGGCCUGUCGCACCUCCUGGCAAGAUCAUGAGAAGUACCGGGCCGAAUUUGAGAAACUUCAAGUCCUUAAACCCCCUACAAGGAUAAGACUUACCACACACCACGGCAGCUUUCGAGAGCAAACAGGGCACUGGGCGAGAACACGGAUUUCGCCUGACCCGGGAGCCAGCCCCGAUGGUUCCGUCGUAAUAGAUACGCACACAUCGUCGAUAUAUGACGCCUAUCUCUUAUGUGCCGACGUCAUGAGGAGUAUAAAUAACUUUCAUAGGCACCAGAUCGUAUAUGAUUCCGAGUCCAAAGUGUACACUCUCUGGACCCGAGAGGGUCGCGUGGGGCUUGCAGGAGUACCUAGACAAGUAAUGCAUUCGACCGACCUUAAGGCAGUGGCCACUAGGUUUCGCAAGAUAUUCCGUGACAGGACAGGCGUAACCUGGCAAAGAAGAUUCGAAGCGCCGCCCUCUGGCCGGGAGGGGCACUUCACCUUUGUUGCUCUUGACUAUCGCAUUGCCAGUCUUCGUUCCUAUCGACUCCCCGACUACUCUGUGGUUAGCAGCAACGUCAACGAGGAAGUUCGUGAUCUGAUGGAAUUCAUGCUCUACGGCGGUCCCAUACAGCAAGAAAAGAACCACGGCCUCACCACCAGCACACUAGCGCCGCUGUCGCCAUCGAAAUUCAGCGCCCCUUACGAACAGCUCAGCAGCUGGAGCACCUUCCUCGCCUUCAAAAUCCUCGACGGCAUCUGCAAAAUUGUCGACUCAAGCCAGCAGAUCCACUGGAAAGCCAUCCUGCGCGCCACGUCCCGCUACCGAAGCCAGAUUCCUUUCUGUGCAGGCGCAGCCGGCCGGUGCCCUACCAUCUCCAGUUACCACGCCAUCUUCCUUGAGCUCAAGCUCCUCCACUCGCUCUGGCCACGCCCGGAAACGGCCGCUCUGCUCACCGAGAUACACUGCCGCGGCAACGCGCAGCUCAGCGCGCACAAAUCGCUCGCGCAGCCGCUUUACCGGGCCUACUCCUCUCUCCGCCACGGAUUCAGACGCCUGACGGAUUCUGGCGAGUUCCGGGGAAUACGGGCCUAUCUUGACAACUCAUGUCACGCGAGUCACAACUUGAAGAUAGAACUCCAGGAUAUCUACCGCGUCUUUGUCAAGAAUAACCUGCCCAACCCGUACCGGGAUUGGAUUGAAGCCGUUCCGCCCGUGGUAAAACAAGCAGAAGGAGAGAUGGAGCGUUUGCUGUUGUGGCAUGGAACGCCAGCAGAUAGUCUCGUGGGAAUUCUGGACACGGGACUGCAGAUACGGAGGCCCGGGGCGACGUUUACAGGAACCAUGUUUGGGAACGGGAUCUAUCUAGCUGACGUGGCGAGCAAAUCGGCGGGAUACUGUAGACAUCGGAUUUGGAAUGGGGAAGCGGUGUUGUUGCUUUGUGAGGCAGAUGUCGGCACUAGCAGAAUGAGGAGUCGGGUGAGUAUUCCGAAUGGCCACCAGGUUGUGGAGAUGUCUGCUGGGAAGCACAGGUGUAUUGAAGGUGUGGGGACGAUCGUGCCGAGCGGCUGGAUGCGAAUCUGGUGGGAUAUGGAAGGACCGCCAUAUAGUGGUGGCGGGUCGGUUUCUAUGCCCAAUAUUGCGGCUCCUUACACCAACACUUUUACACCCGGCGGGCUAAUCUUUAACGAGUAUGUAAUUUACAGCCCCUCCCAUCUGCUCAUUCGUUAUCUCUUGCGGGUCAAGAUCAAGGGCAGCUAGAGCUGGGCUAGGCUAGUGGGACUCUCAAUUAAAGAGUCACACGGCGUGAGGAGUGAGCGUUUAGUGCUGUUAAACAUGGC